UGACAGGCGUUUUUGAGCACAUGCAUUCCUGCAGGUUGCAUGGAUCAGUGGAGGAGGUGCCAGCCACAGGUCAGAGUCCAACAACAGCACAACAUGAUUAAAAAGUACUGUGCAGCCAGGUGAAUGUUUACCAGCCAAGCCCUGUUCACCUGUGACUCAACCACCAUGUAACCCUCAGUCCUGGGAAUCUGUCUGAACUGUGAAACACGGCAACUGCUGCAUCAAGGCUUACUUUCAUAAUUACUUUAGCAUGUUCUGAAACCGCGAGAUCUGAGUCCAAAUGGAGCACCUGCACAACCUAAAAACCAUGAUUAAAGUCAUGGUUAUUGUUUUGCACUAUGGAGGUUCCUCAGCGGACUCGACAAGGAAGCUCAGUGUCUUGGUGGGUGCAGAUGUGACCCUCAGCUGCCUGUUUGAUAAACUGUCCAGGCUGGUGGAGUGGAGUGCUUUCACCAUUGAGUGGAACGUGGUGGACAGACGCGCAGAGAAGAGCAUUGUGUACACUAUCGAGGAUGGCAGAGCGCAUGUGAGCAGAGCGGGCUCUGACGUGGAUAAAAAGCAGCUGCUAAAAGGUGAUGCGUCUCUGCAGCUUCGUAAUGUGACUGUGGGAGAUGAGGGGCUGUACACCUGCAGAAUCAUCACACCUGUGGUCUACACCGAAACCACCUCACUGGAAGUACUGG